AUGUCAGACAGCUUCCGGCCAGAACUCCGCCGCAACCUCACCUCACCUUUCCCGCCAGAAUCCAUGACCACUCGCCUCGCAUCCCUCCGCUCCGCCAAAUCCGUCAUCAUGUCUACCGUCGCAGCGGAGUGCACCCAUCUUCGCCCGCGGCGAUUCGCCCCGCUCGAUGCCGGGAAGGCGUCGGAUGCGCCGGUGCUGAAGGGCAUAGUGUUUGAUGUGGAUGGGACUUUGUGCCUGCCACAGCACCAUAUGUUCGCCGAAAUGAGAGCUGCACUGGGAAUCGACAAAUCGGUCGACAUUCUCCACCACAUCCGCGACCUUCCCACGCCCGAGGACCGCGCCGCAGCGGUCACCAAGGUCCAAGCCGUCGAACGGCGCGCCAUGCUCGAGCAGCAGCCGCAGCCGGGCCUCAGCAAACUAAUGGAAUAUCUCCAAUCCCGCGGGCUGCGGCGAGCACUCUGCACGCGCAACUUUGAGGCCCCGGUCCACUAUCUCAUCCAGAACCAUCUUCCCAGUCACAUUUUCCUUCCCAUCAUCACCCGCGAUACCCCCAACCUGCUUCCCAAACCGGAUUCGGCAGGCAUUCUGCAUAUUGCGCGGGAAUGGGGGUUGACGAAUCGGGCGGAGAACUUGAUUAUGGUCGGUGAUAGCAUUGAUGAUAUGACCUCUGGUCAUACUGCCGGCGCGGCAACGGUGUUGCUGCUGAAUGAGCGGAACGGUCAUCUCCGCGAACAUGCCCAUACAGAUUUGUGCAUCACUCGUCUGGAUGAGCUGGUCGAUAUCCUGGAGCAAGGAUUCGUCGGCCGGGAGCAAAAUGAUGUGCACGAGUAG